UCUACUUCCUGCGCUCAUCUCAUUGCUCCUUGAAUUUUGUCGUCCGUUUCCAAACGCCACCUGUCCGGCGAGUGAUGCAUGAUGGCCAAAGGUGAUAUCCUUCAGCGAAUGGUUUGGUUCUCUAACUAUAACAACACUUUUAUCACUAGAACAACUCCCAAUCACUGGUACAGUGCCAUGCUACGAGCGCGCGUCAACUUCUAGCAGUCAUAUCCCCUAGGUAAACCCUUUUAUCAGCAUCUAUUUCCCGAGUCAGUCGCUAAUUCCUACCUCCUGUCGUGGAAACGCGACCAAGUCGGGAUAUCCUUUCCACUAUUUAACCCCUUGGAAACAACUUGGUUAAAGCAACAACUUCCCGUUAGCUUUAGCCUUCCCGCGACCUUGAAACCAUGAUCACUUUGUACGAUAUGGGUCCUUCAUCUUUCCCCGAAUCUAUGGGUGGAUCUCCUCACGUUCGAAAGGUCAUUUUCACCCUCAACUACAAAUCCCUACCCUUCAAAAUCACAACCCUCCACUUUGACUCCAUAGAACCCACCGCCAAAUCUCUCAACGCUCCCCCAACGACCACUAAACCCGACGGUUCACCCAAAUACACAGUCCCGUUCAUUCACGACACCAGAACCGGAAAAUCUAUAUCUGAUUCGUUCUUAAUCGCGGAGUACCUCGACAAAACGUACCCUGACACGCCGGCGGUUGUACCAAAGGGGACGGGAACGCUUCAGUUGGUGUUUACGGACGUUGUACAGAGGAAGAUGAUGUGUUUGAUGCCUGUUUUGAUGCCAAAGUAUGAGGAGUGGUGUUCAGAGGAGCUGAUUGAGUCGAGGAGGAAGGUUUACGGGGAGGUGCUUAAGCCUCCGAAGAUUAGUGAGGAGGAAGAGAGGGCGGUUUGGGAGAGUGGGAGGAAGACGUUUGGUGAGUUGGCUGCUGCGUAUGUACACAGUGGGAAUUCUGUGUUUGUUAUGGGUGGGGAUCGCCCGGUUUUUGCCGAUUUUGUGGUGGCGUCGAUGGUGGUCGCGAUUAAGGUCAUGUUCGGAGAGGAGAGUGAGGAGUGGAGAGAUGUUGUGGGGUGGAAUGAGGGAAGGAUUGGGAGGUUGGUUGAGAAGGUUUUGGGGUAUCCGAAGGUGGAAGUUUGACAGAUAAUCGGAUACGCAAUAUUUCGAAGAUCCAUCAAUUUUAAGUUUGUUGGUUCCUACCUGGGG